AAAUUAGAACUGUUAACAAAUAAUGCGAAACGAUAAAGCGCAUUUCGUGAUUGUUUCAUAUUUAUUCCUUACCUGAGUUGAACAAAGUUGAAAAAAGUUUACUGUUGCAAGUCAAAUACUGAAAUCAAAACCAGUCGUCUCGGGUUUCAGAUUGAUUUUCAGAACAACAAGUAUCAAAGUUCUAUCGACUGACUAAAUAGUAUACUUGUGAGAUUACGUGUGUGAUUUUUAAUUGUUGAUGAUCAAGUAAUUUUUAGAAAAAGUGGGGAGCGGAGGAAGAACAGUCAGUCGUGAUAAAAAACAAAAUGAACAAUGCCAAUCGUCUGGUUCUCUGCUGCUGGAUCUUUGGUUGACUUUUUGACCUGAUACUUUUUUUCGGUGGGCAGGGGCGUCAUAUCAAAUUUACAGCUUAAGAAAAAGUCAAAAAUGGAAACUCUAAAUUCGAAAGCUACAACCACAAAAUCAACAGGCAUGGAUUCGAAUAUGACCAACUCGUCGGGUGUUGUCCUUCGUGAAGACGUGUUCACAUGCCUUUCCAGAAAUGGAGAAACGUUUCGUCUCGUCCUAACCAAGACACAUUUACUUCUACACAAUUCGAAAGAUCACUCGAGAAUGAGCCGAUAUGCUGUCGAGGACAUAUUUGGAUGUCAUACGCUUCGUCAUAAGAAGCAGGAUGCGUCCUAUACGUCUGCCUACAUCUGCUUCUACCUGUACCCUCGGAACAAAAAGAAGGGACUCAUGUCCAACAUCAAGUACAGGGAAAAAUGUGUGCUUGUCUUUGAAGUUAAAAAGUCGGGAAACUCGUUUGAUAAAAAUUUGGAUAUUGCGACGCUGUGGAAGAACGAAACAUUAGGUGUUUUAGCUAGCAAGUACCCAAAAUGGCAGUUGCAAGAGUCAGGAAGUAGUAAUCCGAACAACAAUGAUGGCACAAAAAUGGUAUCAACAGCAAUUAGUAAGGACAUCAUGGAUCACAGUACUCGGACUGGUGAGCCGAAAUUACCUCUGGCAAGUUACCUGUCAUUCUUGAGACGCUUCUUGGUAAUUCUCAACCCAAAAAGUGGUCAAGGGAAGACUAUGGAAAUGUUCCAGGACAAGGUUGCCCCCACUCUGAGAGAAGCAGGAGUAAAAAUGGAGUUGCUUGUUACCCAGCAUCCAGGCCACGCGAGAAACAUGAUAUCAUCCGCUGACUUGUCGGAAAUCGAUGGAAUUAUAACCGUGGGAGGAGAUGGAAUUUUAUACGAAGUUGUCAAUGGACUCAGAGCUCGGGAGGAUGCAUCUAGAAUUGCUAAUAUUCCUGUUGGGGUUAUUGCUGGUGGAUCUGGGAACGGCUUAGCUCGAUCCCUUGCAGAAUACUCUGGAGAGGCAGAAGACUACCUUCGAAAUCCUGUAUUGUCUACAACACUAGCGGCGGCUCGUGGAAAAGUUUUAAAAGUCAAUUUGGCGGAAAUUGAUCUUGAUGGGAAAAAGAUUUAUUCCUUCUUAUCCGUGGGUUGGGGCCUCUUGGCUGACAUUGAUGUCGAAAGUGAAGUCUUGCGAGCCCUUGGAGAGUCACGAUUUACGAUUUGGUCGUUCUACCGUUUAGCAAAACUCCGAUCAUACAAAGCCAAACUUUCCUUUGUCCCAUCCAUCGUCACAUCUGCUGAUAAAAUCAAUCAAAACGAAAUUUCAAAGGAUAGAAUUCAACUCGUUGAACCGACCAUUAUCGAUGGGGAUUUUGUAUGUAUUUACGCCACAUAUCAAUCAUAUAUAGGGUCGGACCUUGUAUUUGCUCCAAAUGCUGCUCCAAAUGAUGGCUUAAUUCAUCUGGUUUACAUGCUGGGAGAUAUUGGGCGAGCACGAGCCACUCAAUUUUUGAUUAGCAUCGAUAAAGGAGCCCACCUGGAUGUGGAAGGUGUGAAAUAUGUUACCGUCAAAGAAUUUACCAUUGAAAGAGAAGGAGGAAUUGAAGGAAACCCUACCAUCGACGGGGAAAAAGUGGCUGGUGAUAAGAUCCAUGUGAAACUAUCUCCAACGCCCCUGAACCUAUUCUCGCUUUAAUUCAGUAUUAAUUCCUCCAUCGAAUUAUUAGAAGAGCACCAUUUUGUCAGAAGUAACCCGAUAUGAUUCGCUUACAAAUUCCAAACUCUAGUUACUGUGUAUUAGUCAUUCAGUACAAUCAAUGGUUGUAUGUUUUGUAUAAAACAAAAGUAUUCCGCUAUUAUUGUGAUAUAUUGUCAACAAUAUGCAUGUGCAUAAAAUUCUAAGGAUUAUUACCUGUAGCAGUAUUGCAAUCAAUGUUUUAAUGAGUAAUAAUAUUUUUCUCAAUCCUACUGGCUGUAAACCGUAUUUUAAAAUAAAUUGUGAAAUAAAUCAAACCAUAUUUAUGAUGCA